CUCAGUGCAUUUAGUGAAUUUCAAAGCAUCGAUUUGUUCAGUUGCUCCCGACUUUUAAUUAUUACUCGUACUUUGAAUCUUUAUAUAACAGCAUACAAAUAUGUCUAUUUGUGGCAGUUGCAAUAAAACUAUUGACUUGUGUUCACUUGUCAAAACUGUCAAAUGCAAUGGUCCCUGCCAGGGAGAAUUCCAUUCAAAUUGCACAAGUUUAAAACAUCAAAAAUUGCAAACAAAUAAAAAUGUCAUUUGGUUAUGUGAAAAUUGUUAUAAUUUAUGCGCUAAAAAUGUGCCAGAUCAAGCGGUGUGGAAUAAUUUGCAGGAAAAAGAGAAUAAUCAAGUCACAAUAAGUUUGACAUAUUUAUGUGAUGUGGAAAAACGCUUAGGAGCUCUUGAAAAGAAGUCAAGUCAAGACUUGACCGAAGUGGAAACAAACGGCACAAGAUCUAACAACUCCCCUGCACAAUCAAAAAUACCAAAUAAAUCCAAAUUUAACCGUGGCAUGCUAUUUAUCAUUGGUCUCAUCGCUUUCCUAAUCUUAACGUUAGCUAUAACACUUUUCAUCGUAAGAGGCGCUUCACGGAAACCAAUAACAGCACCACGAAACUACAAAUUCAAUGGAACAUUGCUAAGAAUCACCAAAGAAGAAUGGUUUGCUGAGGCUGAACGGGACAGCUUGAAAAAAUUAGAAUUACCGGUGCAGCGAGUGAUAAUUGGACAUACUGCUACAAAUGGUUGCGAGAAUAAGACGCAAUGUGAUGGACGAGUACAGAGUCUACAAGCCUUUCAUAUAUAUUCAAACGGCUGGAACGAUAUAGGUUAUAAUUUUCUUGUCGGUGGCGAUGGUUUGGUAUAUGAGGGGCGUGGCUGGUAUAAUAUGGGCGCAUACACGAAAGACUACAACAGAGAUAGUAUUAGUAUCGCAUUUAUUGGCACUUUUAAUAUGGAAUUACCCAGUGAGAAUGAUUUGAUAGCUGCUCAACUACUCAUCGAUGAGGGUCUUCGUUUGGGUGCACUCUCAAAAGAUUAUCGACUUUAUGGAGCGCGACAGCUAAGUCCCACUGAAAGUCCAGGAAAAGCACUCUAUAGUGUAAUCACAAAAUGGCCGCACUGGGCUAAAAACAUAUGAACAAUUGUAGUUAACAGUUAUGUUUAGCGAUUAGUAAUAAAUAUGUACAUCUUGAUCAUGAAAA